GCCCCCGUCGUCCAUCGUCGCACCGCAAGCUCAGGUUCUAAGUAUCCCUCCUGAACUCGGGCUCCCUCUCUCCCUUUUUGAGUUUUGUUUGCUUAAUCAAACUCUUUGAGCUAAUUAAGUAAAGAACUCAAGUGCUAGCUCACCCAUAAAACCAAAAAUAUUAGUGUAGCAUUAGUGUUAAAACUAAUUUAGUGCUAAUUUUAGUUCAAAUAAAAAUGGUUCAUUAGUAAUAACCAUCCCCAUUUAAACCAAAAAUCACAAAAAUAUUUCCUUUGAAUAAUUAUGGCGUGACGAAUGAAGAACGUUUGUGGUGGUUCGUUCCCCACAAGAACAACUAACCCGCUGAUCUCUACUGUAUUUUUUUUCCUUCGGCUAUUUGUGGCACUAAUGUGUUGUAGGAACCAUGUCUCUGUGGGGCAACGUCCGGAACACGGUGAAGACAUUCAGCUCGUCGUCCGGUUCCAGGAGUUCACGAGGAUCAUCAGCGUCCCAGGAUGACAUGUCAGUGGACUCAGUCCGCCGGCAGUCGGUAUCCCGGGAGGAGGAGGAGGAGACCCCUGCAUCUCCCGCAGUCCCUAGGAACCGCCUCAAAAUCCGAGUCUUGACUAUGGUCGAUCAGAUCGUAGCCCGGACUGAUUAUGAGCGGGAUGCCCUUGAGCUGCUGAAGAAGAAGUCGUUCGGCCACGCCAAGCGGUUCGAACCAAACUUCCUCAUCAUGAUGGGACUAAAGCAGGACGUUAACCGCGCGUUCACCGCAGCUGGCUGGGAAAACUUCGCCGACAUCACCGAGACAGGAGAUCACAGCCCAAAAAUGGAUGAAAACGGAGAAAAUCCAGGCCGCUCGGCCUUGACCGUGUCGGCCGGACUGACACCUCUAUAUACAUGGGUGCAUCCUUGUUACAGGAUCAAUGUGACAUGCUCAUAAUGCCCCUAAACUAGGGAUUGGCCCCUGAUUCAGUCGGUGGACCCGGAAGGCAUGGGCAUCAAUCAAAGGACCCACAAGUGGGUGCCUAGAGAAGCAAACAUCGGUGAUACCCAUCCUUCGAGUAAUGUGGAAUGUUGAUUUACAUUGUCGGUGAAACAGAGGGCCAACGGGCUACGGAGGCAAGCCACCCGACCUCUCCCGAGCCGUCCGGACAAGGAAACCGUUUUUGGACCGAGCACCAACGAAACCGACAUCCAGGAGGUAUCAGGAGCGUCCAUCUGAAGGCGGUGUCCGAGAGGCGGCAUCUCUAGGCCAGGCGACCUAGGGGAGGCUGGCCGACCCCACCUAGCGGCCUCUGACGUCGCCCCUUCGGUGGAGUUGAAGCCAAGAAGAUGGUUGUGUACACUUGCAGCACCUGUCCCUGAACCGACCUCCAACUGCUAUAAAAGGGCCUCCCAUCCUCACUUGUAACACACACCAAAAAGGAGUUCUCUCUUCACUCAUUUCUAGAGUAGGAUUAGUAGUUGGGAGUUAGAGUCGAGUCGAGCUUGUCUCGGGGAUCUGGAGUCGUCAUCGGAGCUCAGUAUAAGCUCUUGUAUCUUUUCCUUUAACUUUAUUAAUAUAAGUAAUCUUCUUUAUUU